AUGUCCUCUCCACGGAUCCAGACGGUGUUGACCAGCUCAUCCUCGGGUCUAGAGGGCUUCAAAGCUCACGCCGUCUUCCAGGAGAUCAGUAAAAAGCUGCAUGAGGACGGAGAGCAGUUUGUGAAGAAGAUCGGAGGUGUGUUCGCCUUCAAGGUGAAGGACGGGACGGGAGGAAAGGAGGCCAUCUGGAUCGUUGAUGUUAAGAACGGAAAAGGCUGCGUUCACAAUGAUGCUGGAGUGCAAUCGCUUGUGCCCUUCCUCAUCUGUUUUAAUGAUGCAUGGGUGUGGGACUUCAGCAUGUGGAUAUUCACAGACGAGAAAGCAGACUGCACCAUAGCCAUGGCCGACUCGGACCUGCUGGACCUCAUGACUGGAAAGAUGAAUCCACAGACCGCGUUCUUCCAGGGCAAACUGAAGAUCACCGGAAACAUGGGCAUGGCGAUGAAGCUUCAAAACCUGCAGCUGCAGCCGGGCAAAGCCAAGCUGUGAGAGGCGGAGCCUCAAAGAGGGCGGGGUCUCGAGUAGCUCCUCUCACUGAGUUCACUGUCAGAGCAGCUGCAGGAGUCAGACACCGAAAGUGUUUCUGCACUAGUUUCAACCUCUUUCUAACAAGCUAAAGGGAUAGUUCACCCAAAAAUAAACAUUUGGUCGUACUUUACUCUGUUUUCUAAUUCCUUUCCGUAAACAUAUGACUAUUCUUAGUCUUUUGCGAGGAAAGCGCUAAAAUAUAAGAAUUUGCGAAUGUUGUACAGUCGUAUGGGUUUGAAAUAACAUGAAGGUGAGUGAAUGAUGCCAGAAAUCUCAUUUUUGGGUGAAUUAUUUAAAUGAAUCACAGGAGUCUGAGAGAUGGAUACAAAAAUACUAUAUUAAUACCGUUCUUAAGGUACAUUUUUCCUUUGAUUGGCAGCCAUAACUGUUUAAAUGAUAUGUGUGUGUGGAUUGAUUGUUUGCUUUGAAGGGCUUUCUUGGAAGUGAAGCCCCGUAAAGUGCCUGUGAACUAUAAACUCAAACACAUGGGCUUUGAUGGACAGAUGUGUUGUUAAAAUGUACAACCAGUGGUGUAUAAAGUACCUGAAAGCCAUAGUCAAGUAAAAGUACAAAUAACU